UACGUUCACUAUGGACUGAACUGCUAGCUCCCUUGUAAAGGAGGGGGGGUAGGGGGGAAGAAGAGGCGGGGAAUAACUGAGUUCCAAUCAGGCAAGCAGAGACAAGAAGGUUCUGCUUCUCUCUUUCUCUUUCUCUCCCCCUCCCUUCCAGGUGUUUCUGAAAUAAGAGUUGAGGUCAUUCCCCUCCUCUGCCUUUCUAAUUUAAGGCCAGCCAGAGGGCCAGUAUUUUGAUAAGACUUUCUUUUCCCAGAAGCCUAUAGGAAGGUGGUAGUUAGGCUGUAAUUAACUAAAGAUCUUUGUGUGGAUUUAAACGACCCCCCGCAGUUGGCAAUGGAACUGGGUCUGGUGUGCGGCUCGGCCGAGUAGUUCUGAGCCGGAGUCCUCGGGGUUCGUGGAGCGGGUGGGCGGCCAUGGAAGCGGCUGGCGGCGAAGACGCCAUCAGCUUUCAAGAUGAAGCUGUGGAUAAAACCAUCUUUAAAGACUGCAGCAAAAUUGGUUUUUACAGACGUCAGAAGCUAAUUCCAAGGAAGAAUACCUAUCGGGCAUUACUGGACUCAGUUACAUCAGGCAAAGACAGCACCAAAUUCCAGAUCAUCAAUGAAGUGAAUAAGGUUCCUCUCUUGGCUGAAGUCUGUGGAAUAGAGGGAAACAUUUUCAGAUUUAAAAUCAAUGAAAUAGCUCCUUUGAAACCAAGGUAUGAAGUCUCUGAUGUUCUCAUACAGAAACCAGUCACCAAAAGGCUGACUCCAUAUACAGGGGAUACAGGUGUUCUGGUUCUGAAAGAUGAUUUACUACACCUGAAAUUUCACAUCACAGCCAACCCCUUCACAAUAGAUUUGAUUUCUGAAGAUGAGCCUGUGCUGAGUAUCAAUUCCAUGGGCCAGCUAUAUUUUGAACAUUUGCAGAUGCCUCCCAAACACAGACCUUCCACAGAAUGUAAGGAAGAUGUAUCCACUGAUCCUUCCCAGGAAAGUCAAGAUGAUCUGGAUCUUUGGCAAGAGAAAUUUGGCAAAUUUGUGGAUAUCAAAGCCAAUGGUCCUAGCUCCAUAGGCAUUGACUUCUCCUUGCAUGGUUUUGAGCAUCUCUAUGGGAUACCACAACAUGCAGAAACCCAUCAGCUCAAAAAUACUGGUGAUGCUGAGGCUUACCGACUUUACAACUUGGAUGUCUAUGGGUAUAAGCUACAUGACAAAUUGGGUAUUUAUGGUUCUAUACCCUAUCUCCUAGCACACAAACUAGACAGAACUAUAGGAAUUUUCUGGCUAAAUGCCUCAGAAACACUGGUGGAAAUCAACAUACAACCUACAAUAGAACACACAUUGUCCCCAAAAGGCUCAGUUUUGGCAAAACAAAAAGUCAAGGCUCGAGCUGAUGUACGUUGGAUGUCAGAGAGUGGAAUCAUUGAUGUCUUUAUACUAAUGGGACCCACCCCUGCUGCAGUCUUCAAACAGUAUUCAAUACUCACAGGCACCCAAGCACUGCCUCCACUCUUCUCCUUAGGAUACCACCAGUGCCGUUGGAACUACAAUGAUGAACAAGACGUCAAAGAUGUUGAUGCUGGGUUUGAUGACCAUGACAUUCCUUAUGAUGUCAUAUGGCUGGAUAUAGAACAUACUGAGGGCAAACGAUACUUCACAUGGGACAAAAAGAAAUUUCCAAAUCCUAAGAGGAUGCAAGAGCUGAUCAAGAGCAAAAAGCGCAAGAUUGUGGUCAUUUCUGAUCCCCAUAUUAAAGUUGAUCCCAUGUACUCAUUGUACUCUCAAGCAAAAGAGAAGGGCUACUUUGUGAAAAAUAACAAAGGUGGAGACUUUGAGGGUAUAUGUUGGCCUGGAGCUUCUUCUUAUCUGGAUUUCACAAACCCCAAAGUUCGAGAAUGGUAUUCAAGUCUUUUUGACUUCUCUGAAUAUGAGGGUUCUAGUGACAUCCUCUUUGUAUGGAAUGAUAUGAAUGAGCCCUCUGUCUUUAGAGGGCCAGAGCUGACCAUGGAGAAGAAUGCUAUUCAUUAUGGCAAUUGGGAGCACAGAGACCUUCAUAACAUAUAUGGCUUUUAUCAGCAAAUGGCUACAGCUCAGGGACUGAUCCAGAGGUCUAAAGGGAAGGAGAGACCCUUUGUUUUGACACGUUCUUUCUUUGCUGGAUCUCAGAAAUAUGGUGCAGUAUGGACAGGAGACAACGUAUCAGAGUGGGGUUACUUGAAAAUUUCCAUCCCAAUGUUGUUGACUCUCAGUGUUGCUGGUAUUCCUUUUUGUGGAGCUGAUGUAGGUGGAUUCAUUGGGGAUCCAGAACCAGAGCUGCUGGUGCGCUGGUAUCAGGCUGGAGCCUAUCAGCCCUUCUUCCGAGGCCAUGCUACCAUGAACACUAAGCGGCGUGAACCCUGGUUGUUUGGAGAGGAACAUACCAAGCUCAUCAGAGAAGCCAUCAAAGAGAGAUAUGCCCUCCUGCCUUAUUGGUAUACUUUGUUCUACCGUGCACAUGUGGCUUCUGAACCAGUCAUGAGGCCUCUCUGGGUAGAAUUUCCAAAAGAAUUAGAAACUUUUGGUGUGGAGGAUGAGUACAUGUUAGGAAGUGCUUUGCUAAUACAUCCAAUCACAGAACCAAAGAUCACAAUGAUUGAUGUGUUUCUGCCUGGGUUUGAAGAGGUCUGGUAUGAUUUUCGGACAUUUGUUCAUUGGGAAGGAGCACGUACCCUGAAGGUUCCCAUAGCCUUGGAUAGAAUACCUGUGUUUCAGCGAGGUGGAAGUGUGGUACCGAUGAAGACUGCUUUAGGGAAAUCCACAGGAUGGAUGACUCAUCUCCCAUAUGAACUCCUUGUUGCUCUGGACACCAAAGGCUCUGCAAAAGGUGAACUCUACCUUGAUGAUGGACAUUCAUUCCAAUACCUCCAUCAAAAGCAGUUCCUUCAUAGGAAGUUUUUAUUCUGUGAUGGUAUUUUGUCCUCCAGCUGUGCAGAUGAAAAUGGUCAUUACCACAGUGAGUGUGUGGUAGAAAAAGUCCUGAUCUUGGGCAUCAAUAAGCAGCCUUCCUCUGUGACUACCAGUUCUUCUGAUGGGCAGGAGAAGCAGGUGGUUUUUACCUACUGCUCCAAGACAGCCGUGCUUCAUCUGGAAGAACUUUCAUUGAAUGUUGGUGCUAAUUGGGAGAUCCAUGUCAAGUGACAAGAAAAGCAGGACUUUCACAGCCUUUGAAGGAAAGUUCAAAUAGAAUCGAUCUUAUAGGAUGUCAAAAGCUCUCUGUUACUGAGCUUCUGCCUGGCUCAAAGAGACAGUUCAUUGGUCACAGAACAAACAGCUGAUGAAGGGACAUGAUGUUAUUUCAUAUUUUCUUUUUUCUUCAAUUUUUGGGGCAUGAUAGCUUUGAUUUUAUUAUGUCAGAAGCUGGUGUUUUUCCUUGAAACAAAUAACCUAGAAACAGUGAAUGACUGUUAUUACUUCAUAUUUUUAAUAUCAGAGUCAUGAUUUGGGAUGGAACAGUGCCAAGCACUGUAACACAAUGAGCUGUCUCUCCUUCCUGCACCAGGUGGAACAGGCUUUAGAUAGAGGGACAGGUGGGCGCAGCUCUGUAGGAUUUGUUCCCAUCUGUGCCCAUCCCAGGCCAUACCACUGAAGGGAGUCAUGACCUUAGACAAAGCUGACAGCUGCAGUAAUACAGGAAUUCUGCCAUAUGUAUGGUGUGCACUCUGAAAUUAUAUCACACCCACUCUGGGAUAAGUGAAACAAAAUCCUGAAUGGCAGCUGAGAGCUUUUUUGGUCUAGAAAUUGGAUUAAAGGGAGCAAAGAUAGUUCUCCCCUAAACUAACUCAGGAAGGUUAAUCUUGAGCAUCCUCCCAGGCGAAAAAGCAUCUUUCCAUAUAUCAUUAUUGCUUUUUCAAUAAUAUACAUAAAUAUUACUUUCCAGCUCAAGGAACUAAAGUGAGUCCCUACUGCUUAACAUAUCAAAGAGUAAGUGGGCCCUUCCAAGAUCACUCUAUUCCUCCAACUUUGUCUCACAUCACUCUAGAAGAUAAACCCUGUGUUCUGAAUCCUUGAAUUGUCAUAGUCAUUCCUGACCUUAUACCUUUGCUUCUACUGGUCCCCAGUAUCCUUUUUUCCUUUUAUCCGUAUCUUUCUUACUCUUCAAAAUCCAGUUAAAGUCUCAUCUUCUCCAUGAAGCUUUUCCAAUUGUUCCAACACCCAAUAAUUUGACCCUUCAUUGCAGUGCAACAAAAUCUAUGCAAUGCAAUCGAUAAAUAAAAAGGAAAGCUUUUAAUUAUGAAAAGAGCUUUGCAUCAAAUGUCUCUGAUAAAACUAAGAGAUACAGAGAACUAAUACAUUUAUAGACCAAGAUCAUUUCUUAUAAAUAGGUUGUUAAAAGACAUUGACAAAUAGGCCUUGAAAGAAGAACUACAAACUGUUAACCAUGUAAAAGGACAGCUAGGUAGCACAAUGGAUAGAAUGUCAGGACAGGUGUUAGGAAUAUCUGAGUUCAAAUCUGGCUUCAGAUACUUACUAGCUUUGUGACCCUAGACAAGACAUUUAAACCUGUUUGUCUUAAUUGCUUGUCUGGAAAAUAAGCUGGAAAAGGAAAUAGAAAAUCACUGCCCUAUCUUUGCCAAGGAAACCCCAAAUGGGGUCACAAAGAGUUGGAAAUGAAUGAAUAACAGCCAUGUAAAAAUUGCUCCUAAUAGUAAUAAUAAUUAGCAUUUCUGUAGCACUUUAAGAUUUGCAACAUGUUUUGUUUGAUCCGCACAACACUAUGAGGUAGGUACUAUUAUUAUUUCCAUUUUACAUGAAAGGAAACAGAAGUAGAGAGAUUCAAGUGACUUGUCUAGAGUAACACAACUAAGUGUCUGAGACCGGGUCUGAACUCAAGCUUUCUUAACUUCAGGUCUGGUGGAGACUGUACCACUGUAUCAAUAAUGAUCAGUGUGAAUCAGAGCAACUGUGAGAUUCCACUCACUUAACAAAGUUGGCAAAGAUGACAAAAGAUGGAAAUAAUUCACAUUGGAGAGACUAUGAAAAGACAGCAACCCUAAUACAAAGUGAUGGAACUGUGAAUUGGUACAACCAUUCUGGAAAGGAAUUUAGAAUUAUGCUAAAGAAAUGACUAAAAGACUCACAUCCUUUGGCUCACAGACUUCAUCGCUAGGUAUAUAAUGCAAAGAGAUCAAAGUUAAAGUCUAACCCUAUCUGGCCUGGGAUAAAUCAGUUUAGCCUUAUACUAUCUCUUACUCUCCAGGCCCUUGCCUCCUUGUCCUUUCAAUAAUCACUUCAUACCAAGCCCAAGCCCCUUAUCAGCUCCAUCGAUUGUAUUCACUGCUUAUUGAAUAACUACAGCUGAGGGAGAAAAUCACCAAACUGCCAUUUUUGAAUCUACUACAAAUGUAUGUUGUCUAAUCUCACCUGAGUCCUUGCUGCAACAAGACUCAUUCUACUCCUAACUAAUCUGUCUGCUGUCUGACUCUUCUUCCCACAGUGACUAUUCCAGACCUCUUCAUCUCCUCAACCCUCCAGUGGUAUCCUGUCCCUUCCCUUUUCGCACCCAUCCUCUCAGCUGAGGAUCUCACCUGGCCCAAAGUCAGGAGUUCCCUUUUCUCCCCUCUCCCUCACCUCAAGGAACCCAGCCAUUUUUGUCCAUUGUCUUCUUUGCUCUCUCUUUGGCUAGACUAGGUCCUCAGCGCGCCCUCUUGAUCCCAUCCCCUUCUAGCUUCUUUUACCCUCACUAUUUGUCCACUCUCAAGCUUUUGGGCUCUUCUAGUCUCCUUCUUUGUCACCUAUGUCUUACACAUCUUUUAAAAAAUCCCUUGCCAUCCUCACUAGCUCACAAUCUAUAUGUCUUCUCCCUUCUUAACUAAACUCUUUGAGAACACAAUGUUCUCUUGGUACCUCUGCUCCCUCUUUUGCCCUGAACCCUCUGCAGUCUAAUUUCUGAUCUCAACAUCACAUCUCUUUCCAAAAUUACCAAUUGUUUGGGAUGAAAAGACCUACCCAAAUUGACUACUACAGGGAUCACUCAUAGAAAGCAGAAUUAUUUAUUAGAAUCUCGAGAAGUGGACACCAUCCUGGUCUGUGAGCCGGAUUUCACAACAGGAGAAAGCCAUUCACUUGAAAAUGCUUACAGCUUUUAUACAUUUCAGACAAAGAACCCCAAAAUCCCACCCUCUAUAUGUUGUGAUUGGUCACAUAAACCUUUAUUCCUCUAUUUGGUCAGUGGAAUGUAGUAGACAAGGUGAUAUACAGCUUCUUUGGCCACAUAUAUAUUUUUAAUCCCUUCUUUGGACAAUAGAAUGUAGUCCAGGCCUUAUCUAAAAUCAUGGGACUCUGAGAAGCUGAAACUGAGGCCUUAAGGCUUCAAUCAAUUUAGCUAACAAUCUCUGAUCAAUAUGUGCUUAAUCUGUAAGUUCUUCACCUUUCCACACACAAUGAUCUCUUAAGUGCCAAAUAUAAAGGCUUUUUCUAUUCAUCCUCUUUCUUGACCGCUAUCAUUUGUCAUAGUUGAACAUCUCAUCCUGAAUUCUUUCUCCUCUCUAGAUUUUUGUGAUAUUGCCGACUCUCACUUCUCUCCUUGCCAUCCCCACUAUCUAGGGUAUCCCCAAUGCUUUAUCCUGGGCCCUCUUCUCAUCCCUCUAUAUUAUCUCACUUAAUGAUCUCAUCAGCCCCCAUGCAUUUAAUUAUCAUCUCUAUGCAAAUGAUUCCCAAAUCCACAUAUCCAGUCAUAGUCUUCCCCCUGAGCAACAGUCCCACAUCACCAACACAUUUGGGAAACUUCUAAGUGAAUUCCUUUAGGCAUCUCAAACUCAGCAUGUUCAGAACAGGUCAUGUUUCCCAAAAAUAGGCCAGUACCCAAAUGAGAGAACCUAAGUCCUACAUGUCCAAAAAUAUUUAUAGCAAUCCUUUUUUGUGGUAGCUAAAUACUGGAAAUUAAGUUGUCCAACAACUGAGAAGAAAGCCUAAGUUAUGGGAUAUGAAUGUGAUGUAGUACUAUUAUCUCAUUCACAAUGAGAAAUGAAGAAAUAGAUGAUUUCAGAAAGAUGUGAAAAGACUUAUGUAAACUGAUUAAGAAGCAGAACCAGGAAAACAAUUUAUACUAUAAUAUCAACAUGUUUUCAAUGAACAAUUUUGAGGAAUUUUUUAAACUAACAAAGAAUGAAAUGAGAAGAACCAAGACCACAAAUUAUAUAAUAACAAGAACACUAAAAAUUAGCAACUCUGAAAGUUUGUGAGAACUAUGCUCAGUACAAUGAACUUUGGCGAUUCAAAUCAAAGUACUGAUGAUGAAACAUGCUAUUCAUUACAGAGUGAAUAUUGGGCUUUGGUUCCAAAUGAGACAUAUAUACUUUUUGUAUACAGCCAUUGAGGAAAUUUGCUUUAAUUGACUAUGCAUAUUUGUUAUGAAAAAUUUGGUAUUUUUUUCAAUGAAUAGAUUGUGAAUGGGAGAGAAAAUACUUUUCUAUUAAUCUUUUUUUUAAAAAUAGGUAGGUGGGAGUACUACAAAUGUGAAAUGUUGCCUUCACUUUCAGAUGAAAUUAGUCAUUGUAUUAUUAGUUUUACUUAGCUGUUUUGUUCAGUUGCAAGAGGUCUCUCACUAAGUGGGAAUAUUCUCUAAGUGUGUGUAAUAUAAAAACAAAGCACAGCAAUAAAACUGAAAGGAACAAAAAAAAUUUUUUUAAACAAAAUUCGUUAUCUUCUCCCCCAAAACUGUCCCAUCUUCCAAACCUUUCAUUACUCCUGAGGGAAGCACUAUCCUCCUAGUCACCCAGGCUGACAAACUUCAAUCAUUCUCAAUUCUUUUCACUCACCUCUAUGUUCAAAUAAUUGCUUCAUUGCAUAAUUUUUUUUCUUAACAGUAGCACUCUUCCAAGUCCUCCUGCCUCUACUAACCAAGUAACUGUCCUCAUCCAGACCUCAUCAUCCCUUUCUUAUCUGGACUAUUGUAGUAUACUUCUAAUUAGUCUCCUUACCUCAAGUCUCUCCCCAUUCCAGUCCCUCUUCCUCUGAGUUCUUAUAGGGAUUUUUUUCAAAUAAAAGUUUGACCGUGUAACCCACACACAGCUCAAUAAACUCCAUUAACUCCCUACUACCUUCCAAAUCAAAUAUAAAAUCCUCUGAUAUUUAGAGUUCUUCAUAAUCUUUUCGCUCCCUACUUUGCCAACUUUCUUUUACCUCCUUUUACCAUGGGUUCAACCAUCCAGCCACAUAGCCAGCUCACAAACAACACUCCAUCUCUGGUAUCCAUCCCUAUAUAAUAGCUGCCCUCCUCUCCUCCCCCUCCCCAAUGCCUGAAAUGCUCUUUCCCUCCUCAUCUCUGCCUUUUAGUUUCCCUGGAUUCUUUGAAGACUCAAUUCAAAUUCCCAGUUACUGGAAGAAGCCUUUCUUAGAGUCUUCCCAGCAACUAGUGCCUUCCUCUAUGAGAUUAUUUUCCAUCUACUCUGUAUGUAUCUAGUCAAUUUACAUGUUAUCUCCCAAUUAGUAUGUAAGCUCUUUAAGGGGCUGGCGUUGUUUUGGCUCUCUUUGGGUCUCUAAUGCUUAGCAUAAUGCCUGAUACAUUUUGUUAUUGUUGUUCAGUCAUUUCACCUAUGUCUGACUCUUUGUGACCCCAUUUAGUGUUUUCUUGACAAAGGUCCUGGAUUGCAGCUCAUUUUCAGAUGAGGAAACUGAGGUAAACAGAGCUAAGUGACUUGCCCAGGGUCACACAGUUAUUAAGUGUCUGAAGCCAGAUUUAUACCCAGAGUUCCUGACUCUAGGCCCAGCAUUCUAUUUAUUGUAUCACCUACUUGCUCAUGCCUGGUAUAUAGCAUGCAUUUAAUAAGUAUUUCUUAAAUUAUGUGGUGAUCAACUCUGAUGAACAUGACUUUUUUCAACAAUGAGGUGAUUCAGGCCAAUCCCAAUGGACUUGUGAUAGAGAGAGAGAGCCAUGUGCAUCUAGAAGAGCACUGUGGGGACUGAAUGUGGAUCACAGCAUAGUAUUUUCACCGUUUUUGUUGUUUGCUUGUUUUUUUUCCCUCUCUCUCAUUUCUCUGAUCUGAUUUUUCUUAUGCAGCAUGAUAAAUGUGGAAAUAUGUUUAGAAAAAUUGCAUGGAUUGAACAUAUAUUAACAUAUAUUGGAUUACUUGCUGUCUAGGGGAGAGGGUGGGAGGGAAGGGAGAAAGACAAAUUUGGAACACAAUAUUUUGCAAGGGUAAGUGUUGAAAACUAUCUUUGCAUAUAUUUUGAAAAUAAAAAACCUGUUAUUUAAAAAAUAA